AUGGAUGUACAACUACCCCAUCCGGCCAUUGGGGAGCCCAGUAGCAUGGCUCCAGUGCUGCCGAACUUGCAGAAUAAUGGCAGUCAUGGAGCCUUAGGGUCGCAGAACAUCUCGCAAGGGGCUCCGACAGGUACCACGAGCGGAUCUUCGCGUCCUCAUUUCCACGGCCAGAAUUCGAACACGAAUAUGUAUACGACUCCCACUUUUAGUGGCGACUUCACCUUUACUGCAGCCAACAAUGGACAACUCAAUUUUCAACCCGUCAUGCAGCUUCCGACGAACACAGUUGCACAACCUACUCAAAUGGAAUUCUCCGCUCCUCCACAAAACACAGCGACCUUUGAUCAGAGGCAACAUGGAAACGCAAUCCGUUACUGGCAUAUGCAACGGCCCUCCUACCCUCAGAUGCGGCCGACUCCUAUCCAGCCACCGAACUCGACAUCAAUCAAUGGGCAGCCGGUAUUGGUACAGCAAGCGCACCACGCACAGUCACAGAAUUCGACGGCGCCGAAUUAUCGAAUGACGCCGCAGGACACAGGCACAAAUAACAUCCAGGCAGCCCAUAGUGCUUCAGGUGUAGGAGGUCGACCCAUUUAUCCACGGCCGUUCUAUGUUCAACCCAGUCAAUACAUGCCAUACCCGCAAUCAGGGGUUUCGCCGGGCAUCACUCAAAACAGAAGGCAUAGUCGGACGCAGAGUUCUACAAUCAAUAGUCAUUCAACUAAUAUCAGUCCCGGGUCUCCGCCGCAGCAUAUUCGGGCAGGUGGACAGGUUGGUCGUCGACGCACGCGUCCUGCAGAUGAGGCAAACCCACAAUUUGCACGUCAAAUAUCAACCUCUCAAGUGCCAAGAGUUCCGAAUACAGCGACCUCCUCUAUGGGUUCGGAAUCCCCAAUGAUGGAGACUCCACGCUACUUCACCUAUCUGACUCCCGAGCAUCGUUUACACAUUCAACGAUUGGCUGAGCUGGAAGCGUUGACGAACAGUAUACGCUCCGGUCAUCCCGUCUCAGGUAGCCACGUUCGGCGAUCGCUCGAUAAUGAUGGUUAUGAUCUGGAUGAUGACCUUCCAGAAACGCCCAGAGGCCUUGAUGAUGCGAAAGAUGGACGCCCUGAACCCAAGGAGGAUGACGAGCUGACUGUCAACCUGGAAUGUAAGAUCUGUAUGAGUCAGCUCGUGGAUACCGUGAUGCUUCCGUGUGGCCACGCGAUCCUCUGUCGCUGGUGUGCUGAGCAACAUAUGCCAUCAAGUCGUGUUGAUCGCACAUGGAUCAAGGGACAGCCUGUCUGCCCGAUGUGCCGUGCUGCGGUGAAGUCUAAGAUUCGAAUCUACUUGUCGUGA